AUGACGGAUGUCGUAGCAAGUGCGGUGAAGAGUCAGAAGACCUCAAGUCACUGUAUCCCCACAUUCCGUGUCUCCGCAACAGAAAGCUCUUAUAUUCCCAAAAAGCGGAGCAACUUCAAAGUCGGCUCUCGCAGCAUCCCUAGCCCCAAUACCGGGCAGCUCCUGGUCAAGAUCAACUCUACCCUGAACCUGGUUGGCUACAAGAUACAGCACACGGAAAGGGACGGGGACGUGGAACUGAGUCCCCGUGCACUCAUUUCCCUCCUCCAACAGGCUAUCCAGACGCAUGCAGGGCGCACGAGGGAAGCCGCUGUAGGUCGUGGAAUCGACAGGCACUUAUUAGGCCUGAAGUUGAUGCUAGAAGAACUCCCUGUAGAUGCGACUACAUCCACUUCCUCCUCGGACUCUCCCUCGAAAUCAGGCCCCACUGACCCCCCGCAAAAGCGUACGCACCCUCUCUUCGCCGACUCUCAGGAGUGGAAACUCAGUACUAGUGGCUUGAGCACCGAUGACCAAUUCAGAGGCACUGGCUUUGGAGUUGGUUGGGAGGAUGGUUAUGGAAUUAAUUAUCUCAUAGCACUCAAUCGCAUCAAAUUCUGUGUCGAGUCCAAAUUCUCUUCCCCGCUCACCUCCACGAACAAGUCUAAGCAACAUAUCGCAGAUGCGCUCCGGGAUAUGUGCGCGAUUUGCGAGGCUGGAGAGCUCGAGUUAAAAGACAAAAAGAAGAAAUCAGUGGAUAGGGCAGACGCGCGAGUACAGGCGCGGUUAUAG